CGUGCGUGUCAGGGACGCUGCAGCUUUUACUCUUUCCUCCCUUUUCCCUCCCUCUCUCUCUCUCUCUCUUUCUCUCUCUUACAUCAUUUCUCUCACGGUUUCCGUCAUGACACGGCGGGUUUAAGACAGCAGGCCGUCCCGCGGAUCCCUCUGCGACUCGAGUCCCCGGUUCCGCCCCACCCCUCUUUCCUUCCCUCCCCCUCAGUGUGCUGGUUGCCAUGGAGAGCUCAUCAGUGGCGUCGGCAUCAUCGGAGGCGGGAAGCACGCGCUCACAGGAAAUCGAAGAGCUGGAGCGAUUCAUUGACAGCUACGUGCUCGAGUAUCAAGUGCAAGGACUUCUAAACGACAAGAACGAAAACGAGAACGCAGACAAGACGCAGUCUAACAUCUCUCAGUGGACGGAGGACUGCAGUGAUAAGAUUGAUGGGAGCUGGUCGUCCUCGCGUGGUAGGGACUCGUCCAAACCGGAUGAGUGGGAACACAGCAGUAAUGGAAGUACAGGUUCCAGACUGAGCUCAGGUUCUCGGCCUGGAUCCGGUUCGAGAUCAGGCAGCCAAGGACGUAACAAACAGUUCUGUCCACUGUCAAAGAAUGGAAACCGAGAUGGCUCAUUUGACAUACUGGGGACGGACAUAUGGGCCGCCAACACCAUGGACUCUCACGGUGGUGCGACGUGGGACCUGCAGCCAGAGAAGUUGGAUUUCUCACAGUUCCACAGGAAGCAGCACAGAGGAACACCUAAACCCCUCCCACACAUCGACCGUGAGGGAAUGAUGAAGAGCAGAUUCAAUGAUGACGAUGAUGGUAUUGAUCUAAAUGACAUAGAGAAGUUCCUGCCUGGCCUCCCAGUUUUCCCGCCGUUGCCCAACGAAGCCGAGAUCGCGCACACCAAAAAGCUCUUCCGCCGCCGCCGAAAUGACCGCCGACACGCCGAUGCUGCGCAGGACGAGCUGACCGUGCUGCUGCUGCCCUGCGAUGGGAAACGCCAGGUGUCCAGGAGACAGCAGCGUCCUCCUGGAGGAGGUGGAGGAGGAGGAGGACCCAAAUCCCACAAUCCCCAACAGCAACAUCAGCAGGUGCCACCACAUUCCCAACAGCAACAUCAGCAGGUGCCACCACAUUCCCAACAGCAACAUCAGCAGAUGCCACCACAUUCCCAACAGCAGCAUCAGAUGACCAAUCAAACGCAACAGCUCGUCGCCGACCCCCAGUCAGAAGCCUUCAAUGCCAAGUACGGACACGGAGGGCGGGGCUACCAAAGCGGGCACCAGGGCCGCGGGCAUCACCACGGUUACAGCCAGAACCGGCGCUGGCACCAGCAGCACAGACAGCCAGGCCAGCGGAACACCAAAGACACAGACAGCAUGAAGGAGGAGGAGAAUAUACACAAGUCAGCCGGAGGAGACGACAACAAGAAGGAUGGAAGGCACGAGAAGCCCGAGGGAGGGAAAGUCAGCCUGCUGCAGUCCUCGAAAGAGAGGCUGAGUAGGAGACUGAAAGAGAAGGACGAGGUUCCCGUGGCAACGCCGGGGCCUCAGCGUAACCGCAUGGACAAGCUGCUGGAGAUCCUGAACAGCAUGAGGAGCAACAGCAGUGGCGUGGAGGCGCAGCUCACUUCCUUCAUGGAGGAGGCGCAGAGCUCAGCCCAGUCGGAGGAGACGCUCAGCGAGAUCGUGCACACCAUCUACAGCAAAGCCGUCCGAGACCGAGGCUUCGCCGCCACCGCCGCCAAACUCUGCUACAAGAUGGCGCUCUUCAUGGUGGAGGGCACAAAGUUCCGCUCGCUCCUGCUGAACAUGUUACAGAAGGACUUUACACGACGUGAGGAGCUGCAGCAGACAGAUGUGGAGAGCUGGCUAGGCUUCAUCACCUUCCUGUGCGAGGUGUUCAGCACCAUGAGGAGCAGCACAGGAGAGCCAUUCAGGGUGCUCGUGUGCCCCAUCUACACCUGCUUACGAGAGUUGCUGGAGUCGGCGGAGGUGAAGGAAGACGCCGUGCUCUGCUGCUCGAUGGAGCUGCAGAGCGCCGGGCGGCUGUUGGAGGAGCAGUUGCCGGAGAUGAUGAUGGAGCUGUUGGCCGCAGUGAGGGAUAAGAUGCUGAGUCCAUCCGAGUCUCCGCUCACACGUUCGCUGCUCAUGGAGGUCAUCGAGCUGCACGCUCAUCAGUGGAGGCCCCUGGAGGCCCUCACCACGCAGUACUACAACAGAACCAUCCAGAAACUCACCGCAUGAUCCCCCCCCCAUACACACACACACGGGCGCAGUGGUGGAGCCCCCUGGAGGUCCUCAUCACUCAGUGCUACAGGAGACAAACUGGCCAUGUGAUCAAACUAACACUUGUUUGUGUAAGAAGGCAAGGUCUGCGCCGAUGGAUGGAUAAAUGGGUGAAUGAUGUAUGUGUGAAUGUGUGGCUACCUGGAAGGAUGGACAGAAGACUGGGUAAAUACAUGGAUGAGGGGAAGGAUGGAUGGAUUGAUGGAUACUGUUGCUGCAGCUCUAUCUAGCUCCUGUCCUGUGGGUCGAAGGUUAAAGGUCAACGCUAUGCAGAUUCGAGUGAAUAUGUAUGAGCUCGUCGUUCCAUAAGCCGCAUGUUAAUGAUCCGCUUUCAGACGUGAAGCCAGACUGCUGUUACAUUAGUAAACGUGCGACAUGCAUAAACAUCAGCAGCAUUAAGUCAAGAAGUAAACACACACACACACACACACACACUAAACACAUGUAGGUGCGUCUAAGCGCUUAAAGAGCCGACGAGCGAGCUUUAAAAGAGAGACUUUAACGCUGACACGCAGGGGGUAGCAGUGCGGUCCUCUUCAGUUUCUUUUGUGCUCGUGUGCCAACCAUCCAGCUUUCCUCUCUGUCCUCAUCCCUCUCUCCAUCCCCCUCUCCAGACCUGUGUGUGUGUGUGUCAUUGUUUGGCGAAUCGUGUCCCUGAAGCACACUGUCGCCCAUCAAUGCUGUCUAGUCGAGGUCAAGCAGACAGACUGCAGAGGGCUUAGCCUGCUUUUGUCUCCCCACACACACACACACACACACACACACACACACACGCGUGCGCACGCCACAGCCUGACUCUGGAUGGCAGAUGGCCGCUGGAGACUAUAAGGCCAGACACGCAGCCCUCGUCCUCUUGUCCAGCCCAAUGGGUGCGUGUGUGUGUGUGUGUGUGUGUGUGUGUGUGUUGAGAAGGUUUCAGAUAAAAGCAUCAGGCGUGCUGCACCCGGCUUCUUUGUUGUUGCGCGAACUUUUUAUUUCCUCUUCAGGUUUUUAUUUCCCACUGCAGUGCUCAUCCACUGCUCGGCGUUUAUUAUCCCCGUGUAUAAAACUUACUGUAAUGUUAUUGUAAUGUAAUGUAUUAUAUAUUGUUGAUUUUUUUUUUUUUUAAAUGUAUGUUUAAAAGCAGUAUAUACACAGUAUGUGUGACAUGACAUGACAUGAUGUUUUAGGGCUAGACCUAUUGCACAGGUUUGAAAUAUUUUGCACUGUUUUAAGGCAAAAGAAAAAAAAAAGCCAGAAGGAAUGUCGAUGGAGGAGGUUGGCUGGAUGAGUUGGGUCGCGGUGCAGAGCUCCGUCAGCUAAAAGCAGAUUUCGAAUUUAGUUUUAAUGGUUUAGGAGAAACGAACAGCCUUAGAGGACGUGUGGUGUUUUCCAGACUCUAAGACGCACACAUACACAUGCACGCCGCUAAAUUCUGUCUGUUUAGGACUGAAAUAAUGAUAGCAGUCAUGUGACCACUAGAGGGCGUCUUAUUGUCUGGCGAAUGCAACAGUUAAGUUAAGGUAAAUAAUUUGGUGAAAAAAAAUUAACGCACACCAAACUCUGUUUGAUUUCAUCGGCUGUGUAAGGAAUAAAACGAUGUUUUAGUGCGCUUACGCCACAGCAAUUUGACUACGACUAGAAUUGUUUUAAGAUCGUACUUUUUAUCCGUUUAGAGUUGCAUUAGUGAAACAUUCCUGUUCUUAUGAAUGUUAUAGCAGCGAUAAAUCACCAGAUUCCAUAUACAUAUAUUUAUUACAUGGACACGAGUGUUUUACUGGGAAAUACGACAUAUGAGCUCCAUCCGGGACAUGGAGAACCAAAACCGUGACAUAAAUCUCCGAUACGUCACUCGUGAGGAAAUCGAUGAAUUGUUUUGAUAAAUUUGGGUACUUUUGUGAAUGUGUCGAUAUAAUAAAAAAGAAAAUCAGACUAUGGCUUGAAGAUAUGAAGUUUAUCUUCUUGUGUUGAAAAACUUUGUAUUUUUCGUAUGAAAUACAUCACAGGUCUGAGGGACAUAAUUAACCGAGUCAAAGACGAGUAGUGAUGUAAAAAAAGGCAGCCAUUAUUAUUAUUAUUAUUAUUACUAUAAUGCAUACACAUUCCUUUCGGGUGUUCGACGCGCCUUUCUCUUUCAAAAUUCUCUCAGAAUCUUCCGUAUUUAACGAAGCAAACCUGGCAGCCAUGUUUGAUCACAAAUCGUCCCAGUCGCUCACUCGCUAGCGCGGAAGUUUUACGUCUCCGACAUGUGACGUCAUGUUGUCUUGACAACCAUGCAAUAUCGUAAACCGUAUUCAACGCUCAUUCUUCAUUGUGUAGAGUGAUGUAAUACACGUAGGAUAAGCGAUAUGCUAACGGUAUUGCAUGCUCAUCUCAUCUCAUCUCAUUAUCUCUAGCCGCUUUAUCCUUCUACAGGGUCACAGGCAAGCUGGAGCCUAUCCCAGCUGACUACGGGCGAAAGGCGGGGUACACCCUGGACAAGUCUCCAGGUCAUCACAGGGCUGACACAUAGACACAGACAACCAUUCACACCUACGCUCAAUUUAGAGUCACCAGUUAACCUAACCUGCAUGUCUUUGGACUGUGGGGGAAACCGGAGCACCCGGAGGAAACCCACGCGGACACGGGGAGAACAUGCAAACUCCACACAGAAAGGCCCUCGCCGGCCACGGGGCUCGAACCCAGGACCUUCUUGUUGUGAGGCGACAGCGCUAACCACUACACCACCGUGCCGCCCGGUAUUGCAUGCUAUCAAACCAAAUGAAUGAAACCUGCGAGAAGGGAAUAGAACACGUGUUUUUAUGUGUCCUGUAUGUAUAACAUUUCCCGAUAUUUCACUCCAAUGACAUCACUCUCAGUGUUUUCACGCUGACUCAAAAUGGUGAACCGGUUCAAAAUUAAAAUUCUUUUGAUUAACUUGCGUUUUUUUUUUUGUGUGUGUGUAAGAACAUUACACAGUGGCGCGAAGAUAUGAAGUUUAUCUUCUCAUGUUGGAAAUAUUUUCACUCAUUCACUUUGCUCACUCGUGAAAUAUACCUUCACGACUCGAAGGUAAAGUUUAUAUCUUUGUGUAACCGUGUAAUAUCAUAUAUAUGAAGUUAAUAUGACAAAAAAAUGCAGCUUGACUUGUUACUUAGAAACCGUAGCCUCCUGUAUCCUGAAUAUUUAAAGUUAAGCUUUAUCUAUUCUAUUGUUACAAAAGCGCAGACACUGGAGACUCCUUCCAAGAAUGUUAUAACGUACAUAAACAUCUCCCGACAGAAACCUUCACCAUAUCAACAAUUACAUGUGUUUAUGUCGCAUAUCCGUCAUAUAAGUCCCUGCACACGUUAAUAUAAACCUUAAAACCAGAACGUAAUCAAAACCAGUCAGAAUCGAGAAUUCAUCGAGAGUGCACUAAGCUAGUUUGCGGUAAGAGCAAAAUUGUGUGCGUUGAUUUUUUUUUUUCCCACCAAAUUACCACUUUUUUAAAAAGAUUUAGCAAUUUGGGUUUGAUUUUUUUUCUCUUGUUGCCCUGCAGUGCAGCUUCCUAAUAAAAGUUUGAGGAGAAAAAAAAAUAAUAGCAUGGCUUAACAACAACAACAAAAAAACUUUGUGUUUCAGCAUUUUGCAGUGGAUCUUUUACCCAAACAUGUAUUUAAAAAAAAAAAAAACAACGAUUUGAGGUUGAUUGGGUUUCUUUGCAGACGAUGAGCUGUUUUAACAGUAUAUAUAGCUAAUAAUAAUCUGUUACUCUGGGCUUUGCAAACGUGUGUAUUACGAUAUCGGAUUAACACGACCCAGUCGUCUAUUUGUUCACGGCCUGCAUGUAGUCGUAUAUACAGCGUAUAUGAAUAUUACGCCAACGAGGGGAAGAUUAGGAAGCAUUUCAUUUCAGGGACGGGGUGAGUAGUGUGUAGCCUUCAGCUGCUUUUUUUUUUUUUGUUUAAAUAUAUAUAAAAUUGGGGGAAAUACAUUCACUUGUGACUCACAUCUCACGUACGCAUGUAUAGAGAAUGUGUAUAUACUCUCUCUCUCUCUCACACACACACACACACACACAACCUCCAAGGUUUCUGUAUCUGAAUCUCCGUUGGCAGGUUUGUGUUCGUAUAAUUUCUGUCUUGCAUCAAGAAUUGAAGACUUGAAGAUGAGCACGUGGGUGUGUGUGUGUGUGUGUGUGUGUGUGUGUGAGGAGAAAACUAGCGCUCUCACACAUCAAACCUCAUGUGCUUGUCUUCAGAUAUGAUUUUAUUUUGUAUUUGUAUAAUUUUAGGCUUUUAUUUAAUUGACAUCUACGUUCGCUUCUCGGUGAUCUCCCAGUAAAGAGGAGCUGUGCGUUUUUGUUUGGUUCUUCAGCAAUUACACACACGCACACAGCAGGACUCCUGUAACCUUUGACCUCACCGGUCACCAAGACUGCUGAAUGCAGAUUAGCCCCAUUUGCAUUUCAUUGACAUUAAAAUGAGAUGUUGCUCCAGCAGCCCCUUCAGGAUAAAACGUUGUAGAACUCGUUGAUGAAAGCAUUCAGCAUUUUUUUUUUUGUGGGGAUUUUUUUUCUGUUGUUUCUGCAGUUGAAAAUAAACUGGGAUGAGAAGUGAAAAUGCAUCUCUUCUGUGCUGCUUGUGUGUGUGUGUGUGUGUGUGUGUGUGUGUGUGUGUGUGUCUUUAGCAUCAUCAUCAUUGUUGCUACAGGAUAAUUAAGGCUACAUCCACACGACAACGGCAAUGAGAUGUUAUUUAAAAAUAUAUCGAGUCCAAAUGGGCAACGAUCAGUAAAAUAUCAGGUCCAUAUGGCAACGCAACGCUUGCUGAAAAUGAUGCAAUACACAUGCCACACCUCUAGAGGCGCUGUAAGACGGUCCCUUCGGAGACACCAGAACAGUAGAAGUAGUAAGGACGCGUGUG